GUGAAGCGACUCCAACAGAGACCUAUUGCAGCAUUGCCUCGGACUCCACAAUUCUUUGUUCGUUUCGGUCCUCCUAUGACCGCAGAGGACCUCACUCAUGAUGCUCCAUCCGUGUUUGUGGAAUCUCGCAAGUUGCUCGAUGAUGUUCUGGAGAGGCGAGAGAAACUGCAGUCAGCACCUGACUUCGUUGCUCCUGAUACGCCCUUCUGGAGAGUGCCGGCCAAAUUGCGGAAGAAAAAAACACCAAAAUGGCAAGCAAAAGCGGAAGGUGAAGAAGAAACCUCCAAAGUGGAGAAUCCAUCCGAAGCUGCUGAGCAACUCAAGGGCAUCGUGAAUCUUGGAAGGCCACCAGGCGGCCGCCGAGCUGAACCUUUGUCUCCUGCAAAGGCCAGCAUCAAGCUGCUAGACGAAGGUGAAUCCAUGCCACAUGACUCAGAAGAAACGGUGCAGUCAGAGGCAGAACAGGAUUCAGCAAGCAGCUUUUCCCAUGCUAGUCGCCCACUACGACCUGAGCAAAGCUUGAUUGCAAGUCUCAGGCAGAAGGCAGCUGACUUUGCAAGAACGGGGGCAAAUCCAGAUUUGGUUGAGAGCAUGGCAGAAGCUUUGAGGCAUCAUCCAGGAACAGAGCGAGCCGCGAGGAUCCGGGAGAUGCGAAGUUGUGUCAUGGAUUUUGAGACACUCAUUCAGGAGGGAAAAGCGUCCGUCUCCAAUUGUAAUGAGUUGAUUCGGGCACAAGCGCUACAGGGUCGAAUGGAAGAGGCUGUGCAAACACAUGACUCCAUGAAGCUUCAUGGGUAUGAGCCAGACUCAGAGACCUUUGUGUCGCUUCUUUUGGGAGCUGCUCAACAUGGUGAUGCAGAGCUUGCUCGAAGGUUUUUCUUGAAAAUGAGGGAGCAGCUUGUAAGUGCAACUCCUAAGGUCUAUGCUGCACUUAUCCACGCACAUGUGCGGGCGGGUGACACUGCAUCAGGAUACUCACUUUUAAGGAAGAUGGAGGAUGAGCGGGUACAGCCAGAUGUGGUUGUUCACACAAUCCUGAUCAAUGGGCUUGUCCACGAAGGACGAUUGGAGACAGCGUGGGAAGAGUUUCACUCAAUCCGAACCUGGAAGCUGAUACAGCCUGAUGAAGUUCUCUUUACUGUGAUGAUAAAGGCUUGUGCGAUGGCAUCUGAAGCAGAACGUGCCCUGAAUUUGCUGGACGACUUGCGAAUAAGUGGUUUGUAUCCGACUGACAUUACCUAUGGAGAGCUGAUCCGUGCAAUGUCAAGCAGCCAAGAUCAUGCAAAGAAGGCCUUCGACUUUUACAGGCAGAUGCAGGCUGAGGACCUACCAAUAAGCAGCUUUGUUUUUGAGCAUUUACUGAGAGCUUGCGCACAGCUUGGAGACCCGAAGCGUGCAAAAACAACUAUACAUGAAAUGCGCGAGUACGGCCUUGUGCUAAGUCCUGUGAUGUACUGCCAUUUGGUCAGCUUGUUUGCAUCAGCCAUGCGACGCCCGCAUACUUCGGAGAACGAGAAGCUACAAAAUCUUCGCUAUGCUUGGAACGUUGUUGCAGAAGCUCGUCGUGCCUGUGAAAGUCGCAUCAACUGGACGAGCAUGCUGAAUGAAGUCCUUAGGGUAUAUGUGGCUGGUGGAUUUGCAGAGUUUGCAGUUGAGAUGCUUCCUCAGUAUGCUGAGUUUGGUGUGAAUCCUGAUGCAGACACCUGGGCGCACCUACUUCGCAUGUUUGGCGAUGAUCUAAAGGACGUUGGCCGCUUCUUCCUUCUGUGGGACACCGUUCCGCAGGACAUCAAACUUUCAGAUGACCUUUAUCACCUGGCCUUGGAAAUGGCUUUGCAGUCUCGAUCCUCCCAGCAAACCUGUGCAGUUCUUGAGCAGAUGUAUUCCGUGUCAGUCUUUCCAACCCCUCAACUUGCAGAGCGGUUAGCGAAAGCGGGACGCCAUGUCAUCCAGAUUCAUCAACAGAUCGGUAAGUUCAUUUCCUUGAACCGUGAUUUGAAGAUUGCGGCAGCAAAGCGAGAGACGGCCCUGCUGCAGACGCACAUGGAUGAGCGCGAGGCUUACUUGGCUGCAGACGGCCUGACUGUGAGAAGCCCCACGCCGGAACAGGAUGCGUUUGAGCCGACUGCUCUGGCUUGUGAUUGGCCCCAGAAACAUGACACAGCAUUACGCAGCAUGUGGCGAGGCAAGAACGUGAGAGAAAUGCAAGCCACCGUGAGCAGUUGCGUGACCUUGCAAACGGACACAGGCCGUGGUGCCAUCAAGACAGGUCCUUAUUUGUUGCGUUUUGCCAGUGGGUGGUAUCAUGUGGCGGAAGCAGGUCCGGCACAGGAUUUGAAUCUACUGCGUGCUUUGUAUCGGAGUGAGGUGCAGGAACAGCGAGUCAUGGCUGUGCGCAAGCUGGAUGAUGAGGUAAUUCAGUUGGAGACCUUAUUCGAUGAGCUGUCCACACAGGUAGAAGUUUUCAACGACAAGUGCCAGAAAGAGUUGGAUGGCCGGUAUCAGCGGGAAUUCCGUGAUCGAGUGGGUGAUCAGCAGCAAGGCUUUAAGCAGAAAUGGGAGGCGCUCGUCGAAGAGAAAAAGCGAUUCCUGAAGGAGUACGAGUUCGAGAUGUUGCGGCGUCAGCCUGCAGAGGUGUCCAGGCAACCGUCAACGGUUGCACAACCGCCACCUACUUUGCAAGAGAAGAUCUGGCCGCCAAUGCCCGUGACAGAUCCGAAUGUGAUUCAGGGGCAGCAUAAGCAGCUCAAUCAGCUGGACAAGACCAUGAAGGAGAGCAUCAGCUGUCCCAGUCGUAGUGGAUCCUGCUGGCUGGAGAUUCGUUGGAAAGACAGGCUUGAGCGAUACAUGGCAGAGAUCACAUGGAGUUCCAUUGUUCUUGCCUUUGGUAUGAUGCCAACCGCUCAACAAGAAAUCCUGCGGAAUUCGUCCAUUGAAGUUUGCAUUUUCAAGAAGGCAGAGUUCAAGUUAUACGAACAAAAGCUCAAAGAGAAGAAGAACUUGCUGGAUAGCUCUAUGGCAAACAAAUUGAAGCUCACAGAGACCUUCGGUGCAGUGCCGGACAAAGGUGGCUUCGAUUGGGUUCGUACCAAGAACAUGCCCACUGAUCGCCUUGAACGCCUAGCAUGCUUUACCCGCACAGCACAUGCGUUGGCAGCGCAGGGCUUCACUUCCCAAGCAGGAGAAGUAAAGCUAGAGCUUCAACCAACGAUUUCCGGUACCGAAGUGGUGAGAGCAAGCGCCUUCAAUGGCACAGGAAGCGGAAGGAAACUUUUGCAUCAUGAGAAUCUGACAGUCAUGGAGGUGGCCCUAAAGACUCAGUCUUCUGGAAAGAUGACCAUGGCUGUGAAUGCAGCAUCUGCUUAUCAAGUUGGAGGAGGGGUCAUGAGUGGAGGUCGCCAUGCCUUGGAAGAAACCUGGUGUACAAUGUCUACUCUACUUCCCUCGUUGCAAAAGGUUCAAUGGCAGGAUCGCCGAGACACUUCUCAUGCCCCGCCAGGUGGCCAUCACCUACACCAGCACAUUCCAGUGGAUGCGUGCGUUUUGAGCCCGGCUAUCCAGGUCUUUAGAGACACCAGUGCCAAGGGAUACCGUUUUCAAGAGCGGCCUGUCACCCUUACCGGUGUUUGCAGCAUGGCUAUGUUCAACAUGAACUCCCGGGUGGCAGACAGCCCACUAGAUGCUCCUCGUGAGUUCACUGAGUACUGCAAGCAGGUGAAGGACAAGUUUAAGGCUGCCAUGGCCUGCAUGCUAAAGCUCAAGGCAACUGUGCUUGUUUGUCCAGAUGUUGGCUGUGGCGUCUUCGAGAAUGACCCUGAAGUUAUGGGCUGCUUGCUUGGCGAGGUUGUUCUGGACUAUCCCGGGGACCUUGAGGUGAUCGCAACAGGGAAACCGGCCUUCUUUGAUGCUUUGCGCAAGACCGUUGAGGCUGAUCCCAAGCUUCCGCUCAGAGCAACAGGGGCUGCACCAGCCUCCUUUGAAAAGCUGAAGGCUGCGCCUCCCAAGGCUGCGCCUCCCAAGGCUGCGCCGUAUGCACCAAAGGCCAAGGCAAAGAGUGCUCCUGGGACAAGUGCACCAAGUGGAGCAAGUGCAUCUGGACCCCCAUUGGUCAGAGCCUCGAGAACGGCCCCAAGUGCACCAAAAGCUAAGGCCUGCUUGAAGCAUUCAAUAGCUUUACACAUGUAA